GAAGUGGACUCACAUACAUGAAAAAUAUAUCCUUCUUUCCUUUUCAAAGACUAGAAUAGCCAUCUAUUUAAUAGCCCCCCUCAGCCUGGGCGGACAAACCAAGCCUUUGCUGUAUGUAUAAAAUGGUGUCCAAGACAUGCAUGCAACUACCCAUGUUAGACAUCUCUCAGCCAUUGCAGCCAUCUUCUUUAUCCUCUCUUGCUGAAGCCUGCAAAGAAUUGGGUUUCUUCCACAUCACCAAUCAUGGGAUUUCGAAAGACCUCUACGACAAAAUACGCUCACUUUCAGAGUUCCUCUUCAGUCUCCCUGAUGAGAUGAAAAUCAAACUCGGUCCUUUCUCGUCUAUCAAAACCUACACUCCUCAUUACAUAGCAUCUCCUUUUUUCGAGAGCCUUCGAGUUUCUGGACCGGACUUCAUCGGCUCUGCUCAGAGUUCCGCGGAUGUCCUCUUUGACAACCACAUUCCUGAGUUCAGUGAAAUAUUGCACGAAUACGGGACCACAAUGACAGAGUUAUCUAAGAAAAUUGUGAAGAUUGUGUUGAUGACCUUGGGUGAUGCUGUUGAAAGAAAGUAUUAUGAUUCUGUGUUCAAAAACUGCCAUGGUUAUUUGAGGAUAAUUAACUACUCAGCUCCAGAGAGUUUGGAAGAAGAGCUUGAGGGUCUUGGGAUGCAUACUGAUAUGAGUUGUGUAACUAUUGUGUAUCAAGAUGAAAUGGGUGGGCUUCAGGUGAGAUCAAAUCAGGGCCAUUGGAUUGACAUCAGUCCAUGCGAGGGGACCCUGGUGGUCAAUGUUGGUGAUUUGCUUCAAGCUUGGAGCAAUGAGAAGUUAAGAUCAUCAGAACACAGAGUUGUUUUGAGAAAACCGGUGAACCGUUUUUCACUAGCUUUCUUUUGGUGCUUUGAGGAUGAGAAGGUGAUCUUGGCACCUGAUGAAGUGGUAGGAGAGGGAAACUCAAGGACUUACAAGCCGUUUGUUUGCGCGGAUUAUUUGAGAUUCAGAGAGAGCGAUGAGAAGGGAAAGUUUGAGAAAGUUGGCUUCACUGUUAGAGAUUUCGCUGGGAUUAAACUGCAAAUCUAGUGUUUGUAAAUAUAAGUCAUUGAUCAUGGUAGAGGAAAUUCUUAUCAAUCAUGUAGUGUUGUAGAAUAAGACUCUUUUGUGGUUGUUUGGAAUCAUAUUGAUGUGAUACUUUGGUUGUGUUUGGAUUAUUGAUUUGUGAAAAGGUAUAACUAAUGGUAGGAGUUGAAGAAACAAAAUUUAGC